AUGUUUGCACUGUUUGUGGCCGCUUUUCAGUCCGCCGAGCUGCUCUCUUCUUUAGAGUAUGGAGUUCGUUCGCAGAUUUGGGUUGUUGGCGAUUUCGCACUCUUGGAGGAGGCCUCCGAGGAGACUAUUAGCGUCGCAUGGCUGGCUAUUGUGCUGCGCGAUUACCAAGAAGAAUGCAUUCAAUCAGUGCUCAACUACCUGGACGAGGGCCACCGGAGGCUAGGAAUAUCCUUAGCAACUGGAGCUGGAAAGACAGUUAUCUUCACACAGCUUAUCAGCCGAAUCCCACCACGCGAUGCGGAAGCUACGAAGACGAUGAUCAUCGUCCACCGACGCGAACUCGUCGAACAAGCAGCGAAGCAUUGCCGCCUUGCAUAUCCGGACAAGAUUGUGGAGAUCGAGAUGGGAAACAAUGUUGCGACAGGACAUGGGGAUAUCAUCAUUGCAUCCGUGCAGACUCUUGCUCGUGGACGCAUUCACAAGUUCGACCCGAAGCUCUUCAAGUUGAUCCUUGUGGAUGAGGCGCAUCAUAUUGUAGCAAGAUCAUACCGUGAAGCCUUGGGGCAUUUUCGUCUCAACGAUCCAUCCCCAAAUGCACCGGUGCUCGUUGGUGUCUCGGCUACCUUUGCGCGAUUUGACGGGCUGAAACUCGGCGCCGCAAUUGAUCAUAUUGUCUACCAUAAAGACUAUGUGGAUAUGAUUGGCGAGAAAUGGCUUGCCAAUGCAGUAUUUACGACCGUGAAAUCAGAAGCCAAUCUGUCCAAUGUCAAAAAGGACAAGUUUGGCGAUUUUGCGCUGAGUUCGCUUUCAGAGGCGGUUAACACGACGAACACCAACAACAUUACAGUGCGUGCCUGGAUGGCCAAUGCGAAAGACCGGAAAUCCACUCUCGUCUUUUGCGUGGAUGUCGAGCAUGCCAAACAGCUCACAGCGACGUUUCGGGAACACGGCGUUGAUGCUCGGUACAUAACUGCCACCACUCAUAAGAAUGUGCGCUCAGAGCAAUUAGAGGCUUUCAAGAACCAAGAAUUCCCGGUUCUGUUGAAUUGUGGUCUGUUUACCGAGGGCACUGAUAUUCCCAACAUUGAUUGCGUGCUCUUGGCGCGUCCGACCAGAUCCAGAAACCUGCUUAUCCAGAUGAUCGGACGUGGACUGCGCCUGUUUCCCGGGAAAGAGGACUGUCAUAUCAUUGACAUGGUUGCAUCAUUGGCAACGGGUGUUUUGUCAACGCCAACAUUGUUCGGCCUUCACCCAGACGAAGUCUUGAACGAAUCGUCGGUGAAAGAUAUACGGGAAGGCCGCGCAGAAGAUAACCUGCCAAAGUCAUCAGAAGAUCCAGAGGCAGCUCAAGACGGUGACGUCAAUCUACAAUUCACCAAAUACGACAGUAUCUACGAUCUAUUGGACGACACACGCUCUGAGAAACACAUCCGUUCUCUUAGUCCAAAUUCCUGGGUUCGAGUCGGCGAUGAAAAGUACCUACUGUCGGAAUCAUCAGGCUGGCUGACCCUGGAGAAAGAAAAAGAUAUGUACAACGUAUAUCACGUGAUGAAAUUCACCAAUCCAAUGACUGAAACACCACAAUUCACACGACCCCGACGAAUCGCAUCAGGCACCGACCUAGAAACAGCCGUCCGCGCCGCAGACACCUACGCCAGCAGCAAGUUUGACGAGCGAUACAUUGCAUCAUGGAAGCCCUGGAGGCAGAAUCCGGCCACUCCUGGACAGAUUCAGUUGUUGAACAAAGCUCGCAUACGGGAGGGCAAAUUACGGCCCCAGGACCUGACGAGGGGUCAAGCGGCUGAUAUGAUCACAAAGCUGAAGUUUGGGGGCAAGAAGCGGUUCAAGAGCAUUGAAGUUCAACAGCGCAAGGCUGAGCGGAGAGAAAAGGCUAUCACUGAGUUUGAAGAGCUGCACAGGAGGACUAAUGUCAAGGUUGGGCCUGUGGAGGGCUGA